GGGGAAUCAGUGACAGUAUCGGGGGUAGAUAGUGGAAGCAGCAUCGCGGUGGUGGAGCUGGAAAGGCGACUUCUGGUGGACGGACAGCCUCCUCCUGCAUGUAGGCGCAGAGAUCGCAGAGAAGAAACUCGCCGCUUCAUGUUGCCUCCAUGUAGCUUCUUAGUCGACUGUGUAGAGCUGCAUUUACUGCAAAUGAUUAAACACGAGGAAAUUAUGACUGAGAACAUCUGGGUGCGGCACACUUCGGAGGAAAAGCUCUCGCUCAGCCGGAGGUCGAACGCAUUUUUGCCUUUUGUAUUUCCUUGCUGAAUGUCGUGGACAUUUUGGAUUUUUUAAAUGUUCUGUGUCAUUAAUUCGUACCAGUUACGGACCGUUUUGCUGUCAUCUUCGCCUUUGUUUGUUUUUCCCCGAGUCGCACUUGGAAGGUAAUAGUUUAAAGUGUGCAAACAACUGGGGACGAUAAAGAACUUGAGGGCGGCUCGCUGAGGAGAAUGUGCGCACUGGGCCAGCUUCGAGUUGCUCUUUAAGUGGGCAAUGUUAGCUAGCUGCUAGCACUAGCCAAAUCCUAUUGAACUGCCUACAAGGAAAUCUGUGGAAGCUAGCUAAUGCCCACUUUUCCAAGUAUUUUUCGGAUAGUAGCACCCUGUCUGUAACCUGGACAUCACCACACGGGACACUGACUCGACGGCAAUUUAGUGCCUAAGGAUGUCCAAGCGGAGCUUGUUUGUUCGCCUGGUGCCGUGCCGCUGCUUGCGGGGCGAGGAGGAGACGGUAACAUCGCUGGACUACUCCCACUGCAGCCUGGAGACUGUUCCUAAGGAGAUCUUUAGCUUUGAGAAGACCCUGCAGGAACUCUACCUCGAUGCCAACCAGAUCGAGGAGCUGCCUAAACAACUGUUUAACUGCCAGUUACUUAACCGACUGAGCAUGCCAGAUAAUGACCUAACAGUGUUGCCGGCAGCGAUCGCAAACCUCGUCAAUCUCAGGGAGCUUGAUGUCAGCAAAAACAGUAUCCAGGAGUUUCCAGAAAACAUCAAAAAUUGCAAAGUCCUAGCUAUUGUAGAAGCCAGUGUGAAUCCCAUAUCCAAGCUCCCAGAAGGCUUCACUCAGCUUCUCAGUCUGACGCAGCUCUACCUGAACGAUGCCUUCCUGGAGUUCCUUCCAGCCAGCUUUGGCAGGUUGACGAAGCUUCAGAUCUUGGAGCUGAGGGAGAACCAGUUAAAGAUGUUGCCAAAAAGCAUGCAGAAGCUCACACAGCUGGAGAGGUUGGACCUGGGGAGUAAUGAGUUCACUGAAGUGCCUGAGGUGUUGGAGCAGCUGACUGGAAUCAAGGAGCUGUGGAUGGACGGGAACAGACUGACAUUUUUACCUGGGAUGAUGGGGAUGCUGAAAGAACUGGUCUAUCUAGACGUGUCGAAGAACAACUUGGAGAUGGUGGAUGAACAAAUCUGCGGCUGUGAGAGUCUGCAGGACCUGCUGCUGUCCAACAACGCCCUCACACAGCUUCCUGGCUCCAUUGGCUCCCUGAAGAAACUGACUGCACUCAAAGUGGAUGAAAACCAGCUGAUGUACUUACCAGACUCCAUUGGAGGGCUGACAUCGAUAGAUGAGCUGGACUGCAGUUUCAAUGAGAUCGAAGCCUUGCCCUCCUCCGUCGGCCAGUGUACCAGCAUUCGCACAUUUGCUGCAGAUCACAACUUCCUGACCCAGCUUCCCCCUGAGAUGGGCAACUGGAAGAAUGCAACUGUGCUGUUUCUACAUUCCAACAAGCUGGAGUCUUUGCCUGAAGAGAUGGGCGACAUGCAGAGGCUAAAAGUCAUCAAUCUCAGCAAUAACAAGUUGAAGAAUCUUCCCUACAGUUUCACUAAACUGAACGAGAUGACUGCAAUGUGGCUUUCUGAAAAUCAGUCAAAGCCCCUGAUCCCGCUCCAGAAAGAGGAGGACCCAGAGACUCACAAAACCGUGCUAACCAACUACAUGUUCCCUCAGCAAACCAGGACAGAGGACUACGUUCCCAACUCUGACUCUGAGAGCUUCAAUCCGGCUCUGUGGGAGGAACAACGCAAGCACCGAGCUCAGGUGGCCUUUGAGUGUGACGAGGACAAAGACGAGAGAGAAACGCCCCCGAGGGAGGGAAACCUGAAGCGCUACCCUACACCAUACCCAGACGAGCUGAAGAACAUGGUAAAGACAGCCCAGUCAGUGGCUCACAGGCUGAAGGAGGAUGAGUCGAGUGACGAAACGGGGAAAGAUGCAAAACCAAUUGAGAGAAACCACAUUGGAGUGCAGGACGUGGGAGUUAAGGUGAUAGAGGCCCCCUGUCCCAAUGGUGUGGCAUCGGACAUGGAGCCACAAGUAUCUGCUAAUACUCAUGUCCAAAAUCCCUCUGCACUUGAAUCAAAAGACACUUCUGAGUCUUACAGCUCUCAGAAAAUCCCACUCAAAUCUUCAGAGGGCUCUAUGAUGAACCACGAGGACACACUAGAGGAUUCUGAGGAGCUAUCGGAUGAAGAAGAGGAGAUGAAAGUUGCAGAGAUGAGACCCCCUCUCAUUGAGAUUUCCAUCAACCAGCCUAAAGUAGUGACUUUAAGUAAGGACAAAAAAGAUGAUGGAAAAGAUGCAGACUCUUUGCUGGAUGACACAGUGGCCAACAGCAACCAGAACAACAGUAACUGCUCAUCACCUUCACGCAUGUCUGACUCUGUGUCUCUGACUACGGACAGCAGUCAGGACAAUUCUCUGUGCACACCUGAGAGAGAGGCAAAGAUGCCUUUCCUACCAAAAACCCGGCAAGAAGAUGAGAAUAUGAACCAGCCUAAAGACACCACCCCGCUCCUCCAUAAUGGUAAUGGCUCUGAAACGUCCCUUCAGACCCUUUUGAAAACUCAGCAGACACCGCCAGAGAAAAUGGGAGACUAUGACCUGUCCAUGGAAGCCAGACUGGCUUUCAUUGAGAAGGGAAUAAACAACGGCAUGGGAGACGCCUACACCAAGUGGGACCAGAUCAACAUGAACGUGGCCAAGCUGCCAACCGACAACAUGGUUCAGCUGGAUGGGUUGGACAAAACCAAGAACGGCUCAGUAGCCCAGGAGGACUUGGACAGCAAGCAGGGUUACGGCAAUGACAACAUGGAUCAUUUACAGAAUGGAAAUCAACAGGCCAGCGACUGCAUCAAUAGUCUGGGAAACAAAAGCCAGGCGAUGAGGGUGGAGACAUCUGCUGUGCAUGUGGCCUCGACAGGCGUGACAGCCAGCAGUGACAUGUCUCUGUCUCGCAGCACAGAGGAACUGUCUCCGGAGAAAAGGUCCCAUCCCCCACAGGUGAUGAAGUCUCACAGCAUCAGCAACAUAGAAACAGGGGGCAUGAAGCUGUACUCCUUCGAUGGGGAUGAUGACUCUUAUGACACAGUAGCUAUGACUAGAAUGGCAGGGGCCGGUCCAGGGCCAGGAACUCAGGGCCAGAGCAUCGUCCGGAGCAAGUCAGCGAGUCAGCUACUCAAUGACCAGACUCUCAUGGUUUACCCCAGCUCCUCUGCAUCUUCCUCAGACCUUCUCUCUUCUUCUAAGCCACCUGCCAGCACCAGCAGAUAUCCAGUCUCCUCCAGCAUGGCCAUGGGAAUCCCUCCUCCCCAGUACAACGUACAAUACACAAGCAGUGCCAUGCCUAAAGACGGCCUCUGGACCCAGAGGACGGCCAUGCCUCCAGAGCACCAAGGCUACCUCCCUCCUCCUCCACACUCACUAGCCAACACCAAUUACUCAAACCGUAAUCAAGCGCCUCCCUACCCUCUGCAGCCCCAGCAGAGGGGGCCCUCCAUGGCUCCCAAACCUUCAGGGGAUAUGUGGGCGAAGGAGAGACUUCAUACUACUGGUGGCCAGCAUCGAAGCAGCACUCUGCAGAGGCAAAGCAGCACCGCCUCCACAGCAUCCAUGGGCGACCCGAGACGCAUACAGGUGCCCGACGGGGAAUACAUGACCUACAGGGACAUUCACACCCUCGCCAGGGGGCCACUGGCAAUGAGCCAAGCCAUGCAGAGGCCUCUCUCCGCUCGCACUUACAGCAUUGACGUCCCUGGAGUUUCCAGGCCUGUGAGUGCCAGGCCGCAGCCACACGAGCUUCCAGAAAGGACCAUGUCUGUCAGUGACUUCAAUUACCAGCACAGCAGCCCCAGCAAGAGGCCCAACACCAGGGUGAAAUCUGAGCACUCGCUCCUGGACGGUCCGGGACAGGUGCCAGGAGGAGUGGGAGCAGGAAGGGUGCCAACAGACUGGAGAGACCAGGUGAUGCGGCACAUCGAGGCUAAGAAAAUGGAAAAGAAUGCGCUGUCUCGCUCCUAUAAUUCCAAUACCGCUCCGCUGAGCUGGUCUCACUACGGCAGCUGUAGGGAUAUGCAUGCCAGCCAAGGGUCCCUGGUCUUUAGUGCCAGGGAGGGACAGCCCUACGGAGCUCUGGGCUUCUGUGAUGACGUUUUUGCUUCCCAAGGGCCGCAAAGCUACACUCUGGACCCCCACAGAAAAGUGCCUUUGGUGAAUGGUCAGAUGGGCCCGUCUGUUCGUCCUCAGAUGAGCCAGGCGUCCAUGGCCCGUCACCCGUCUAGAGAGCAGCUCAUUGAUUACCUGAUGCUCAAAGUGUCCCAGCAGCCUCCGGGGCCUCCACGCAUUCCACACGACGGUCUGCAGCAGGAGAUCCGUGUGAAAGUGGAGAAGAAUCCAGAGCUGGGUUUCAGUAUAUCAGGAGGAGUGGGAGGCCGAGGAAACCCCUUUCGACCCGAUGACAAUGGUAUAUUUGUGACAAGGGUUCAACCUGAAGGACCAGCAUCCAAGAUUCUUCAGCCUGGAGAUAAAAUUAUCCAGGCGAACGGAUACAGCUUUGUGAAUAUCGAUCACGGGAAUGCAGUGUCCCUCCUGAAGACGUUUCCAAACACUGUGGAUUUGACUAUCAUAAGAGAAAUGCAAGCGUAGACUCAACUGAAACUGACCUCCGAGAGGGGGUGGGGGUGGGGGAGGGGCACAUGAGAGACGAACAGAGAAAUUUAUGGUGACUGUCAUAUUUUUAUACACAGAGAGACUGAUCUGUUGAUACCUGUCGGGACUAUUUAUAGCAAGAGAUCUCCAGAGGUCUUCAUAGCCUUGAUUAAACGGGGAAAACCACUGAAUGUAGUGGAUUGAAGUGAGACAGCAGCAAACAUCUACAAGUACGUGUCCUCAAAAGGCCAUCACUGUGGUAUAUAUAUAUUUUUAUACAAAAGAAGCUGAAGAUAUGACGUGUUUUGAAGCAAAUAACGUACUGUGGUCUCUGUACAGAUCAUCUUUUUUUCUUUUUUUUUAGUCCAAAACACAUCAACUCAUCUAUCAUGAAUUGGGUUUUAUCUGGGCAUAUGGACAUGAAUCUGACCACUAGGGGGCAGGGCUCCCUCUCUGUCAUCCAGUUUGCCUUUAUUUCUUUUCUUUUUAUUGUUUUGGGACUUUUUAUUUAAGAAGUUGAAAGCGUUUUGUUUGUUUGUUUUUUUUAGUCUGCCGUGCGAUCUUAUCUGGAGGACAGUGUUACGUGCUUGUCAUGUGUAGACGAAAGUAGAUCAAGGAGGCGUUUGGAGUUUGUUUUUCGGAGAGAUUAUUCCCCCCCCUCCUCCUCUGGCAAGAGGGAAGAUUCGAGAAGAAGAAGUCGUCCGCCCCUGCUUCCAUAAACCUACCGACAUCCUCCAGCUUACAGACUGUUCUGUCGUCAGUUCAUCCCAGAUGUGGACAUAUCGCAUCACCAGACCCGUACACACCUUUGCAAUAUAAACGGAUCACAGUUUCUCAGAAGAAAUGCACUCUGCAUGUGGUCAUAUAACGAGACAGGAAAACAGAAUGGAAAAUCACAUUUUGGGAGAAUAUGAAAGGUAGUUUGUGCUUGCUCGGCCUUAAUCUCUUUUGCCGAUUUUUACCCUUUUUUUCCAAGGACCGAGACCAGAGGGACAAAAGCCGUGUCUCCCCAUUAUUAGUCUUUGAGGUAAACGUAAGCUAGCAAAUAUCUGUAUUUCCGCAGAGAUUGAUGUGGAAGUUAUGCUAGUUAACCAAAGCAAGUUCAGCAAUUGUAAAGAGAAAGUAAAAGCAGGAGACAACUUGAGAAAGAUUUCGGAAUAAGGUCGAUGUUUCACUCGUAUUUUUAUUUUCAAGGGCUCCUUCUUCCAGGCAGCCAUAGGUGAGAUGAGUGGGUUUCAACAAUGUGGCAGUCUUAUUUCCUUUUUUUAUUUACAUGGGAGAAGACCACAGGUUGCCUUUUGUGUCUAUGAAAACGUUUUAUCAAGCUUUUUACACAUCACUUUGGAGCAAUCCCUUUUUUGUGUGUUUCAUUGCUGUACAGAGAAUAGAGUUGGGAGAAGCAAGUUGUCAAGUGCCAUAGACCUUGAACUGUUUGAACAGGGGAGGACCUUUGACCCCAGAACCCAAGCAAUAUCCCAUAUUCACAAACAUCUGAGUACAUCUGAGUACACAUUUGCAGCAUAAUGGCUUAAAAGCAAUAUUCAAAGCCUUUAUUUUCAUUCACAAAAUAUCAUUUUUUUGAAGCAAAACACAACUUUUUAGUGAUCCCUGAUGAUUUUACAUGAUUUUUAUAUUGUGAAGAGUCUCUGUUUUUUUUGUAACGAAACGGCACAGGAAUAUAUAUGGUAGUGCUUAAAACAAAACAAAAAAUAAUCUCUGCAUUGUGUAAAGGUUUGUCACUUUGCCUGAGACUUUUGACUGUCUGUCCUGUAGAAUACAGUAUCUCCUGAUGCUCACGUGUGAAAUAAUCAACUGUCGACAAAAACUAAUCCAGUUAAAGCUGCAUCUCAAAAGAACUGUCAGAAGGACAACUGUGGGUUUUUUAAGGUGGUGUCAUAAGUUUUAAUUCCUCAGCCUGUUAAUAUUCAUUCAAUGGUACAGUGAUUAAUUAUUCAGUGAGACGUGUUUCCAAAAGAAGUGGAAAUGAUAAAACUCUCAUGACAAGUCAUGGCCCCAUAAUUUCCAGCAUUAUAUUUGUGACCACUGAAUUGUUUGUACGAUAUAUAUAUUAGCAUUUUAAUCCUACAGUGUUUUAACAAAUAGCAUUCCCCAACAGUAGAUAGUGUUGUCUGCUGUACUCUUCUUGUAUGUAACAAAGUCUAAUCUGUAUUUUAUGCUCAUGGCACUGGCAAACCAAAAUGAAAACACUGUGGAAAUGAACUAAAUUUUUAUCCCUUUAAUAAUAAUGACGAUAAUAGUUGUGCUGUUUUAAGGUAGCGAUUCUAAAUGAAGCUGUACCAUUUAGUUUUAAAACUCAUUCUGAUGUUUUACAGGCAAAUGACAACAUAUGUGCAUUUCCAAAAAAAAAAUUCACACAGCAUAUUGUAUUUUACACAGAUGAAAUUGUUGAUUGUAAUUGUUUCCAUUUUGUUGGUGAUUUUUGUUGACUUUAAAACUAGGGGGAAGAAUUUCUGGGCUAAUGGUCACUUUAUAUUCAUGGCAAAUUAAAAAAAAGUCUGACAUUGUAGACAAUCUAGGGAGAUAAAAUCUGUUUUCACACUUUCUUCAUCCAUGUUGGUUUGUUUCUUAAGCUCCCAUAUUGUUCUUAUUUAUUUAGCAGUCUUCUGUGGAAUUUUAGACCUUAUUAAUCAAUCUGUAAAUACUCCAAAAUGUUUGAGAAAAGAGGUAAUGGCAUUAGUGACUUGCGAUUGUAAAACCAGCAAUAAAUUGCAAUGCAGAGGCACCCAUUUUAAUGUAUAGCUAGUAUUUCUAAGGUUUCUCUGGAAACAGUCACAGUGAGAUGAUGAUUGAUAUGCAUUUAUCCAACAUUCCAGAUUUUGUACAUAAUUACCUGUUUCUGAAGUAACCUGUGGAAAAUAAACUAAUGCUGUUUAACACUGAUAA